UUUUAUAUACUUGUUGAUUGCUUUAUUUCGUAGAAAAAAUUUGGUGGCUCAUAAUCAUAUGUCUUUCAGAAAUAACAUGAACGGUCCCGAAGGACCAUCUCGAUGCUGUGAUGAUGGAUGCAAGGAUCUGAACAACACACAAGCAGCCAUGGAGCGUUUAGGAAUGGAAGAAACUCCUGGCUGUGAAGCCAGGACUGCUGGCGAAGUCAAGGUGAACAGCAGGAGGUUGGGAAGAGGAGCUGUGGAAUCAGGUUUGACCCACGAGUGCGGAGUUUUCGGAGCCAUCAGCACCGGCGACUGGCCCACUCAGGUCGACAUUCCACAGGUCAUAUGUCUAGGAUUAGUCGCACUACAACACAGAGGCCAAGAGUCAGCGGGUAUCGUGACGUCAGAGGGCAAGAGUGCUCGCACUUUUAACACACACAAGGGAAUGGGUCUUGUCAACAAUAUAUUUAACGAUGAAGCCAUGAAGAAACUCAAAGGAAACCUUGGAAUUGGACACACUAGGUACUCGACAUCCGCUGCGUCAGAGGAGGUGAACUGUCAGCCCUUCGUGGUGCACACAGCGCACGGGGCCCUGGCCGUCGCACACAACGGGGAACUCGUCAACUGCAGCAGUCUCAGGAAGAUGGUUUUAGGUCGUGGAGUAGGUCUGUCAACGCACUCCGACUCUGAGCUGAUCACACAGGCACUCUGCCUGAACCCACCGGAGGGGGAGACUAACGGACCAGACUGGCCCGCGCGUAUUAACCAUCUCAUGAGGCUGGCUCCUCUAAGUUAUUCGCUGGUUAUAAUGCUGAAGGACAAGAUCUACGCAGUCCGCGACCCCUACGGAAACCGGCCACUCUGUCUCGGCAAGAUCUUACCUCUCGGCUCCUCAUAUGUCUACAAACAGUCGUCGGCGCAGCAUGCCGCGGUUUUAAUGAACGGCUGUGCGAAGAAUGGUGUUGAGGACAGAGCUGAAGGUUGGGUCGUGUCUUCAGAGUCCUGUGGAUUCCUCUCUAUCGGUGCUCGCUAUGUCCGUGAGGUGUUGCCCGGAGAGAUAAUAGAAAUGUCCCGGCACGGGAUUCGAACAGUGGACGUGGUGGAGAGACCCGCCGACAAACAGCAGGCUUUCUGUAUAUUUGAAUAUGUUUACUUCGCAAGGGCGGAUAGUAUCUUUGAAGGUCAGAUGGUGUACUCAGCGCGCAUGCAGUGCGGGCGCAUGUUGGCGCGCGAGUCUGCCAUCGACGCCGACAUUGUCUCCUCCGUGCCCGAGUCCGGCACUGCCGCCGCGCAUGGAUACGCCAGACAGUCUGGCAUUCCCUUCAUGGAGGUCCUCUGCAAGAACCGUUACGUAGGUCGUACAUUCAUCCAGCCCUCGACCCGUCUUCGCCAGCUGGGCGUGGCCAAGAAGUUCGGCGCACUUUCGGAGAACGUGCGAGGGAAGAGGAUCGUACUCAUUGACGAUUCCAUCGUUAGAGGGAAUACUAUCGGACCUAUUAUCAAGUUGCUGAGGGACGCCGGGGCUGCUGAGGUCCACAUAAGGAUAGCGUCUCCGCCGCUGAAGUACCCGUGCUACAUGGGCAUCAACAUCCCCACGCGAGAGGAACUCAUCGCCAACAAGAUGGACACCAUCAAACUCGCUGAGCACGUUGGUGCGGACAGUCUAGAAUACUUAAGUGUAGAAGGUUUGGUGUCAGCAGUGCACUAUAACAUGAAGACCAACCCCAGCGAUGGGCUUGGAGGGCACUGCACCGCCUGCCUCACUGGGGAGUACCCUGGCGGAGUGCCAGACGACGACUGGUGAAUGAUGAACGACCUUCUGAAUGGUGAUUGGUGAAGAAUG